CAGGACUUAAUUGAAUUUCAUUUCUGUACACGACCCCUUAAAUAAAAUGCUUAUAGUCAAUAAAUCUUAAAGAAAAGCUGAAAAAGCUCUCAAUUCUCAUCACACCAUCGAUGAAUUUAUUUGUAGAUCAAAUAAAAUGUAUAAUAAAUGUAUUAGUCUAUGGAUAAUAGUGUUGACUAUCAUCAUGACAUUCUGCGUGAGCCAUCAAAAUCAGCUCGAUGACGAUAAUAAAGCAAAUUAUACUCAAAACAAUGGCGAUGAUGUUAAUGUCGCUCAAACACAGAAUCAUGAGAAUAUCAUGGAGUCAUCUAUACAAAAUAAUAUAUCAGUGAUGGGAGAUAGCACAAAUUUAGAUUCUAAGACAUCCUCAGCAACAACAUCACCAGAGAAUAGAAAUGUGUCAAAUAUCAGUAUAAAUAACAUAAAUAGUCACCAAAUUGCCACAUCAUCAGCCGAGCAGGUUGAAAGCAUACACAAUAGUAAAGCUAUGAGACUGACACAGAACCGUAAUGCAAAUGAUAAUGCACACACGACAGUAUCAGUCACAAAUAUCCCAUCGAGCAAUUUUCUCGAAUUGACAACCGAAAAAUUAUCAUUAACCAAUAAGUCAUUAUCCAAUCGAUUCGUAUCGGAAUCGUUAACAAAUAGUUCAACAAACAAUGCCACAACAGAUAGUGUAGUCGAAUCAAAUAGCACCAAUGUGCAUUAUGGAAAAUCCUCUAAGCAACGAGGUGGUAGUAAUAGUAUAGCAAAAAUAUCGAGUGGAAGUGGCGGUAUACGAGUCAGUGGCCAGAAAAUUGAGAUGCCACAGUUAAAUAACUAUUUUGAUCAUUCGGCAUAUUUGAAAACGCAUGAGCAUGGAUUUCGAUAUGGACCACAUUUCGAAACCGGAAAUGUUACAAACAUAACUGUCCAAGUUGGAAACACAUUUUAUUUACAUUGUAGAAUUAGUUUACUGCAAGAUAAAACGGUUAGUUGGGUUCGCCGGAAGAGUGGUGAAAAUGGCUUGGAACUUCUCACCGUCGGUAAGCAAACAUAUUCCGGAGAACCACGAUACUCUGUCGACUUUCAGUAUCCAAAUAAUUGGCGAUUAAAAAUUAUUCAAGCACAAAAAAACGAUGAAGCCACCUAUGAGUGUCAAAUAAGCACGUCGCCACCGAGAUUUAUUCAUUAUAAUGUUAGAGUUAAUGCACCAACAAUAUUUAUUGUAGAUGAGCAAGGCAUACCGCUACUCGAUAAAUAUUAUGAAGUUGAUUCGACAAUUCAAUUGACAUGUAUUGUUCGGCACAUUUCGAUGAUGUCGUCGGUAGUGUUUUGGAUACACAACAAUAAUUCGAUAUUAAAUUAUGAUGUGACGAGAGGCGGCAUAAGUGUCCGGACUGACUUGAUGGAAAUUGGAGCAAACUCAACUCUCCUUGUGGCUAAAGUCAAUACAACCGAUGCAGGCAAUUACACAUGUUCAAUAGGUGAAUCACAACAAUAUACUGUACUCGUUCAUGUACUCAAUGAAAGCCUAGCCGAGCUACAUCAUAGCGGACAUCACAUGGAGACGUGGAAGCAAAAUUAUUAUUUACGAAAUUUAUUCCUAAUUGCCUUACUUAUGUCAACAAUAAAUCAAUUUAUUUUGUUUGGAGGACAGCGGUGAAGGUGAUAGGUGAAUUUAUGUUUGGUAUCGUUAGGGAUGAAAAUGAUGAUGUAGGAUUGAAUUUGUAAGUAUGCAGGAUGUGAGGGGGUUUAUUGGAGGAUUUGAAGCGUGUCGGCGUUAAAAUUUGAUGAAAUAUUGAAAGUUUUAUUCAAAAAGUUCAACAUAAAUCACAAAUACACCUCAAGACAUCACCAAACCCCCCAAAAAUCCUCCCAAAACAAACAACAAGAAUCUAGACAUGAAGCUUAAUUAGAAAUUUCCUAUGAAAAUUUCUAUUAAAAAGUCAAGAACAAGAGAGAAGAAAAAGCUAUAAAAAUUGUAUUUUUAAUAGAAUUUGUAGCAGAAAAAAAAAUAUUUUUAAUGAC